AUGGAUCACAUCAAGGCGACAUUCGCUAGGGCCAAGGAGGAGAAGCGUGCUGCCCUUGUGGCCUACAUCACGGCGGGUUAUCCCUCGGUCGAGGAGGCCGUCGAUAUUCUCCUGGGUCUGGAAAAUGGAGGCGCUGACGUUAUCGAGAUGGGCGUACCCUUCACCGAUCCGAUUGCGGAUGGCCCCACAAUCCAAGUCGCCAACACCAAAGCCCUGGCCAACGGGGUCACCGUCACGACAGUCCUGCAGAUGGUCCGCGAUGCCAGAGCCCGGGGCCUGAAAGCCCCCGUGCUUCUGAUGGGCUACUAUAACCCCUUGAUGCGCUACGGUGAGGAGCGGAUGCUCCAGGAUUGCAAGGAAGCCGGUGUCAAUGGUUUCAUCAUGGUCGACCUGCCCCCAGAGGAGGCCGUCCGAUUUCGGAACCUGUGCACCAGCCAUGGUCUGUCCUACGUCCCGCUCAUCGCCCCCUCCACCUCCGAGUCCCGCAUGGAGCUCCUUUGCAAAAUCGCCGACUCCUUCAUCUACGUCGUCUCGAGAAUGGGCGUCACGGGCGCCACCGGACAGCUCAGCGCCAACCUCCCCGAACUCCUCGGCCGUGUCCACCAGUGGUCUGGGAAUGUGCCUGCCGCCCUGGGCUUCGGUAUUAGCACGCGCGAGCACUUCCUCAACGUGCAGGACCUUGCGGAGGGUGUGGUGAUUGGCAGCCAGAUCAUCUCCGUCCUUGGCAAGGCCCCUGCUGGACAGGCGGCCAAGGAUGCCGAGGAGUACCUGUCGAGCGUCACCGGCCGUAAGCUGCAGCGUGAUGCCCAAGGGACCGUUAUCGGUGAAACCAAUGUGCUGGAACGUGUCGAUAAGAAGCCGGAGACGGCCCCCGUGUCGCAGCCUACGGCUGUUGUCAAGGACGUUGACACCCCCGCCGGCCCCGGCCUGGCCGACCAGCUGGCGGCGCUCAACGGCGCCGGCAACCCCGCCGAGCAACCCUCGCGAUUCGGCGAGUUCGGCGGCCAGUACGUGCCCGAGUCCCUUAUGGACUGCCUCGCCGAGCUGGAGCGCGGCUUCAACCACGCGCUCAACGACCCCUCCUUCUGGGAGGAGUACCGCUCCUACUACCCCUACAUGGGGCGACCCAGCAGCCUCCACCUCGCCAACCGUCUCACCGACCACGUCGGCGGAGCCAACAUCUGGCUCAAGCGCGAGGACCUCAACCACACCGGCAGCCACAAGAUCAACAACGCCCUCGGCCAGAUCCUCCUCGCCCGCCGCCUCGGCAAGACGCGCAUCAUCGCCGAGACCGGCGCCGGCCAGCACGGCGUCGCCACCGCUACCGUCUGCGCCAAGUUCGGCAUGAAGUGCGUCGUCUACAUGGGCGCCGAAGACGUCCGCCGCCAGGCCCUCAACGUCUUCCGCAUGAAGCUCCUCGGCGCCGACGUCGUCGCCGUCGACGCAGGCAGCCGCACCCUCCGCGACGCCGUCAACGAAGCCCUCCGCGCCUGGGUCGUCGACCUCAACAGCACGCACUACAUCAUCGGCUCCGCCAUCGGCCCGCACCCCUUCCCCCUCAUCGUGCGCACCUUCCAGUCCGUCAUCGGCGACGAAACCAAGCAGCAAAUGCAAGAGCAGCUCGGCAAGCUCCCCGACGCAGUCGUCGCCUGCGUCGGCGGCGGCAGCAACGCCGUCGGCAUGUUCUACCCCUUCUCCAAGGACCCCUCCGUCAAGCUCCUCGGCGUCGAAGCCGGCGGCGACGGCGUCGACACCGCCCGCCACUCGGCCACCCUCUCCGGCGGCAGCAAGGGCGUCCUCCACGGCGUGCGCACCUACGUCCUGCAGGACGAGCACGGACAGAUCUCCGAAACGCACUCCAUCUCCGCCGGCCUGGACUACCCGGGCGUCGGCCCCGAGCUCAGCUCCUGGAAGGACAGCGCGCGCGCGCACUUCAUCGCCGCCACGGACGCGCAGGCCCUGCAGGGCUUCCGCGCGCUCUCCCAGCACGAGGGCAUCAUCCCUGCGCUGGAGUCGUCCCACGCUAUCUACGGCGCGAUGGAGCUCGCCAAGACCAUGAAGAAGGGCGAGAACAUCGUGCUGAACCUCAGCGGUCGCGGAGACAAGGACGUGCAGAGUGUGGCGGAUGAGUUGCCCCGUUUGGGCCCCAAGAUUGGUUGGGAUUUGCGCUUUUAA